CUCAGCGCUCAGCACUCGUCAGUGCCAGUUUGUCCACGACAGUCAUCAUGCUCGAUUUUGCCUUCGGUAUCGCUGCCGUAUUUUUCUUCCUAGUCUUCCUAGCCUUCUUUCUUGUUGUCACCGUCCCUCUCAAUGGCACGUUAGUUCGACUCCGAGCCAACUACAAUCCGAAGGGACUUCAGCUCGACGAAGAGGAUGGCGUUCAGCCCCAUACAGGCCCUGUCGUCACCAGCUUCUUCGUCAUGAUGGCCAGAGUAAAGCGUCUGGAGGGUUGGUCGGGAUUGUUUAAGGGAAUGAUGCCCACUUUACUGUCAAAUACAGUUCUUACCCUUUUCGGUGCUCUGUUCCUCGACGCUUCGCCCUCGAAUCCGCGAAAUCACGGAGUCUACAACGCGCCCUCGACCGGUAUUAUCGGGACUCUCGUAUACAGCAUAUUCCUCAUGCUCGUAUCAUUGCCUGCAGUCAUCAUCACCUACCGAGCCAUCACUACCCCUCACCGCCUUCCUUGGUUCAAUCCCGUUCAGUCGCUGCACAUUCUGCUCACCCCAACCGAACGUCGCAAGCCGUGGAUCCUUUAUUUGACGCCUGGUCUUCUCGCAGCAGAAGUCCUGCAUAUCACAUACGUCGUAAUCGGCCUUCGCACCUUCCGUAUCCUCCUUUUGCCUGCACUGUCGGACCCUGAAACCGCGACGCCAGACCAGAUUUCCAUUCCCAAACUGGUCAUCUACCUGUCUGUGGUCGUUCUUAGUACCAUCGUCCUCUGCCCCUUGGAGGUCAUUGCCACCAGACUAUCCGUCCAGAGAAAUCACGCCUCUGCCGAGUACAACUCCGUCGCCCAAGAAAUUGACGGUGAUGCGGAAGACGUCGCGGACUACGCUGGCGCGGAGGAGGAUGUUAUCGGAUUGAGGAGCGAGAUGGAUCCAUACUUGGGUUUAGUCGACUGUGGGAAGCGCAUCGUCAUCGAAGAAGGCUGGCGAGCAUUGUACCGCGGCUGGUGGCUUACACUUCUAUUUGGUGGAUUUGGGGCGUUCUCUUGAUCUCUACGGCUGCCUCAUUGGUCAGGGAUGUACCAACUAUAUGAUGCGGACCUUCGUCAAGACAUGCAUCUCAUAUGUAUGUGAAUGAAUCUUAAGACUUGUAGAUUAGCGUCACUUAGCUUACAAAUUCAGCAGUUCGCAGGACUAAGCAGUUUGAUACGAAACAGAAUCGUCUAUCCCUACACUAGUACAAUCGCUCAAGAUGAUGUGCAACCUCGCAGUUGUUACUAUCAAGUUAUAAUAACAAUUCUCC